ACUGAUGCUACCAGACGUCCACCUAUUCAGGCCCGUCGAAUACCACCAGGUUUUUUCGACGGCACCCAGUCCUCUACAGCACGUGGUACCCAUACCCUCUCUCCUGCGCACAAUCCUCGCAGUCCUCGCCCACCUCUGUCUGCCAUUCCGCGCGCCCUUCUCGAACGCCUUUUGUCGUCCUUCCACCAUUCUCAUUCCGAUGCCGAUGGAGCAACUGAACUUCAGCAACGCCCAAGGCGCUCCAUCUUUUCUCGCGGUCCUCCUAUCGUCGAAGUUGCCACAGUACCAGACAAGAAGACAUUAUUUGUUGCUCCGCGACCGUGGCCGCAGCAGCAAAGCCCGCCGCACGCCCAGGGCUCGUCGUCGCAAUCUCAGCCCACCACCACACCUGCUCAAGGUACCAGCACUGCCGUACCAGGUGCAGCAACCGCGCAGUCACCACGCAUCCCAUUGUGGGCUCGUUUUGUUUUGUUUAUCUGUUGCGCAUCUACCCCGCACGCCAAUGGUCAUUAAUACAGGAGCAGCACAUGUACAAUCACCUUACUCUUUACGUCUUCCGCUCUUCCAACAAUCCUGUUUCCUCGUCGUGAGACUCGUCUAAUCAUGCUAACAGCCAUGACAAACGUC